AUCCAGUCUCCUAUGAGCCGUUGCAGAUAUCCAUUUGUGAUAUAUAGAUAGAUAGGAAGUAUCUCCGUAUCUUUCCAGCCGGAAUCUUAAUCCGGUAGCUCAACUACAUCCCUGAAAUGGAAAUUGGAUCUCUCAAUUUUGGAGAACUGACCCUCAAUCUAUUCAAUCUAUAAUGGUCCUGUGGUCUCAUUCCCGGUUUUCUGUCAUCACUCCUUGCCUCCAGACCAACGUUUUGCGUCUGUUGAGGAAUUCUCAAGAUAUGGCAUGAAAAGUACCUUCAGGACUACCCCAGUCAGUGUGAAAUGCUCACUUCCAUUUCUCAUAAUGUAUACCUAGAUCUACGACAUCAUUCCAAGCCCACCAAUUCCUCCCCAGCAAAUACACCUUCGAUUGCCAUCCACCAAUCCCCGAAUACAACCCUAAAUAUCAUAAUAUCUCCCCCUCAAUCUCCCACCAUCCCAUAUUCCAAUACCAAAAUAACACCAAUAACCCCUCAAACAGCCAAACCCACCCGAUCCAAACUCCCAGCACUGACCCCCAAAACCACGUGUUUUUAACGCCGGACCUAAAUACACUUUACGCAUGGCCUUGUUUCGCAUUCACUUUGACACACUGAACCCACGCCAUUGACGUAUACCGUGGCUGCCCUGCGCAGCUUUGACCUCCCUAACCUUGAUACCAUGGCAUUGUUCCGGUGGUCCAUGCGUUAUAUGUUUGGUUACUGGUAAGAUUGGUUGUGGAGAGGGGUUUUAUGGGGGUAUUGGAAUUUUCUUAGAUACUGUACUUUUUAUUUUUGCAGAUUAUGGGAGUUGGAAGGGUAGGAGCGUUAGGCUGGGGUGGCGAAGGAGGGUAUAUCG